UGUUGCACUUGGCUGUUGUAGAGCUGCCACACGCGAUCUGUGCUCAAAGUCAUCGCGUAUUAAAAUUAUCGGCUACUAUUAUGGUCGAUGCUUGCCGGAAAAUGUGAAGAAUUCGGUUUUUAAGAAUAAAUUAAGUGGCAAGCAAGGAGUCCAGACAAGACGUGCAAACUUUCGAGACAAGGAUAAUUCGAGUGGAUGCCAGAAAUGAUGGCGGAUGAGACAAAGCAGGCUGGAAUGUCCCAGGCAGCUGAAGAGGCAGCAGCUGGGGAAGCUGCAGGCGGUGUGGCACCCCAAGAAGCUGAUCUUGAGACCAGAAUAGUGGCUCCACCGCCUAGACAACGUACUCUCACACGCACCGCCGAAAUGGAUGCGGAUUGUGAGGACAUCGACUUGGAUGCCGAUGUGGACGAUGCAGCGGAUAGCAUCACCUUGGAAUUGGCCUUAUCGCCACAUAGCAGCACCACGCCCACUCCGUCGCCCACCACCGCCGACGAGGACUUCGCCCAGCUGGACAACAGCAAGCCUUUCAAGAUCAAGGACAUCACGAGAAACAUCCGCAAGGCUGUUGUGGCCACAACGCUGUCGGAGUUGCGGGUAAAGGUGUCAGUGAAAUUCGAGCGAGCUCAGCCGGCGAUACACCUGGAUUGCGAUGGCACCGAGGUCGAUGACGAAGAGUACUUCAGCACUCUGGAGCCAAAUGCCGAAUUGAUUGCCGUCUUUCCCGGCGAGCAGUGGCGCGAUCCCAGCGACUAUAAUGCCAAUCUGCGUCGCACAUCGCUGGAUGCUCAAAAGUUGAGGAAGUUGGUUAGCAAACUGCAGCCGAACUAUAUGAACGAUGAUGAUUUGGACAAGCUGUCGAACAUGGAUCCCAAUUCCCUGGUGGAUAUUACAGGGCGUGAGCCCAAGGACAACGAAUAUUCAGCGAGAAGCGAUGCCGCCAGACGAUCCACGGAGUUGUCCUGCUAAAUGGGAGUACUUAAACACCCCAAAACGAAUGAAGAAUGUAGCUUAAGAAGAGGACUGUGUGUAUUGAGAAUUGUAUAUAUGGAAUUUGUACGAGUUUAUAUGGCUAGCUGGAGUAUUUUUGGAAAACGUUUUGAUGACGGCACUUGAAGCGACCGAUUUGGAUUGGUUUUAUCUCAAUAAUCCGUAGAUCUGAAAGUUGUGUAUUUUUCGAGACCACAUUGUCGUAGUCGCAAACUCACCUUGAAUGUCUAUUAUCAGCCGCUAAUUGUUCCUAGACCAAUAGCCGUUUAUGAGCCAAAGAAACUGGACGGCCUCUAAGGUUCGAUUCCAGACUUAGAUAACCUAGCCCUCACCUCACCUCACUCAGCGGACGAUCAACGAAUUGCAGAAUAGAUUUUAUCUAGGCAAAUAGAUAUAUAAAAUAUAUAUAUUUUCCAUAGUCAGAAUCCUUGUGAAUGUCACACAGUUUGGGUUAUUAGGGAGCAACAAAAAUGUACUGUAAUUGAAUCUCAAUUAAAUCAAUUAGCAAUUGAAUAAACUUUCACCCUAGGCACAUACAAGGGUUUUUACCCACCUUUUUUUUGUAUUUAUGCUGCAUCAAUGAACAAGCACAAUUUGCUGCACUUUAUUCAAAGGGUCAUAGAAGCCUGAAUUUAAUUCGAUUCACAUUUACGUUGUGUCCACAGGAAUCAAUGGAAAAUUGUAAUUUGUAACUUAAAAAAAAGGAAACGAAACG